GCUGUAAUUGUGCAUCAUAUCAGACAGACAGAUAGUGAAUAUACAGUAAAACUGUGAAGCUGAAAAUUAUGGAAGCAGACAUAUAUACCAAGCUGAUACUGAUGCUGUUUAGCAGUAACUUUCUAGAUAUUAAUACUGCUUUACUGUGGAACCCUCAAGUGGGAUUCCCCUGCACAAAAUUCUACAAGAAAGGAGAACUAAAUUUCGAUUGUUCAUCCACAGCUCAGUAUUUUGUUCCAGAUAUACCACCCAACACAGUUUAUCUAGAAUUACAAUAUAACUACAUAACCCUAAUAUCAGACAAUACUUUCGAAAACAUGACUAAUCUAAAAGUACUGGACCUUUCUUUCAACACGCUUAAGUUAGUGAAUGACCAAACAUUCAAUGGACUUGGAAACCUGAAGCAUCUAAAAUUGAGCAAUAACUUGUUAACUGGUGGAAUGCCAAAUAAAACCUUUCAAUAUAUGACCCGUCUUACUGAUCUGGAUCUAUCGUUCAAUACAUUGGAAAGAAUAAAUUUACAAACAUUUGUAGGACUUCAAAACCUGCAGAAUCUUCAGUUGAAUAACAACAAUCUUCAAUAUAACAUAUCUAGCAUUCCAACAGGAAGUUUUAAACCUUUAAAAUCACUUACAAGACUUUCUAUUCAUCACAACAAUGUAUUGGGGUCCCUAUUUACUGAUUAUAGUAUAGUUUUUCCAGAUAUAACAAUUUCUGAUUUAACAAUGCUAGAAAUUUUAGAACUGGACAUUCAUUCUGGUUCUGGUGCAAAAAAAGUAAUUUUUGGGAAAGGUUUCUCUUUUCUUGAAAACCUAUACAUGCUCAAUAUUAAUAACUGUAAUGAUUUUAUUCUAAAAAGUGACACAUUCAAGUACACACCACAUUUAACACAUGUAUAUAUUAACUGUUGUUCUUUAAUAUCAUUCAUUCGAGGACAUGAAGUAUUUUCUAAAUUGAUGAAGCUGAAAAUAUUACAACUAAAUGUUUCAUCAGAUCAUUGUGCUGAUGGGAUGAUGUUGAGUGAAGAUAACCUGCUUGGUUUAAUUAAAGGUUUGUCAAACACAAGCAUUGAAAUACUGAAAUUUAGUUAUCUUUCAGAUUUAGUCGACUUAGACUCUCUUUCAGUCAUAAUAAAUAAAAUAAGUGUUUCAUUGAAUAAAGCACCUAUUCAAGAACUGCAUUUUACCAAAAAUUUCAACAUACAGAUUCCUAUGGAUAUACACGUACCUGUACAAGUGCCACCCACCCUUAGACGUCUUGAUCUUAGUGAUAAUACUUUGGAAGCAUUAAAACUUAACAUUAAACAAGUUGCAUUCUUAAAUUUAGAAAAUAACAGACUUGGAAAUUAUCUGGCAGAAAAUAGCCUAAUGAUACAAAACAGCAAACUGCAGUAUAUAAGUCUGUCAAACAAUUCUAUUUACAAACUUCACACUACAAUCUUCAUAGGACAAAAGUACCUCAGAGUUAUUGAUUUAACAUUUAAUUUUCUGACAGAUAGUAACUUUGACAUGAGUUCUCUGGUGAAUUUAGAGAUUUUAAAUCUAGAAAAAAAUAAAAUAAAAUAUUUGAGUGACCAAUCAAUAAAGGAGCUCGACAAAGUUUUUAAGAACAACGGAAAUGCUAAAAUUGACCUUAGUAAUAACCCUCUUCAGUGUAGCUGUUUUACGUUUCCAUUUUUGAAUUGGAUGAGACUUAGUCAUAAACAUUUUAUCAAUUUCACGCAGUUCAGAUGCGAGUAUGAAAAUGGAAAUUUGUCGAUGCCGAAUUCAUUUGAAGACGUAAUACUUAAUCUACAGAGAGAUUGUACGAAUCAUUUUUAUUUGAUAAGUGUGUCAUUUACUGUUUUGGCUUUUAUAGCAGUAUUAUCAGCAGCAAUUAUUUACAGACACAGAUGGAAACUGCGUUACUUAUUUUACACAGCAAAAUUAAAGUAUACCUCUCACAGGAACAUGGAUGAAAAUUUGAAUGAAUAUGUUUACGAUGCAUUUAUAUCUUAUUCUGAAAAUGAUCAAAAAUUUGUCAUAAGAGAAUGCAUCAAACAUCUUGAGGAAAAUGGAAAUAUGAAAUUAUGCAUACAUCAGCGAGAUUUCAUACCUGGAGAAGAGAUAACACAAAAUAUCAUCAGUGGUAUUCAAAACAGCCGGAAAACUAUAUGCAUAAUUAGCCGAUCUUUUCUUGAGUCUUAUUACUGUAUGUUUGAAUUCAACAUGGCAAGAAUGGAAAGUAUUCAUUCAAGGAAUGGAAAAAAUGUGUUAUUUCUCGUAUUUUAUGAGAAGUUGCUUCCAGAAGAGUUACCACUAGUCUUAUAUGAAUUAAUACAGAAACAGUCAUACAUUGAAUAUCCCAAUGAUGAGCAUGGCAAUGUCAUUUUCUGGGACAAAAUUAAAGAUGCUAUACAUGCAUAAUAGUAUAGAAUAGAUUUGUCAACAUGAGAAAUGAGUUGAAAUACGUCAGGAAGUUUAAUGUUUGUUCAUCCAAAAAGGGUACUUUAAUGUAAAAGCCAUGUUUCAUUUUCAUUUUAUUUUUAUCUUUUGAAUUUGAUUUAGGUAUUGGCAUAUACUGUAUUUAAACUUGUCUUUUGUUGAAAACCUUAUGUUGACCUCUUGAUGUAUUUUUGGUUUAUUUUUAUAAUUGUGUUGCUGUUAAUACGACAUACUCUUCUCAUUUAAUCACAAAUUACAUUGGUAUUAGGUACAGGAAUAAGGAAAUAUAAAUAACAAUUAAACAAUCGAAGCAAAAAAGGUUUAUUAGAAAAUAACAAGUUUUAGAUAAAUUCAAUAUUAACAGUAAUGAUUGUCCUUUUUCUGGAAUUUGAUAUUUCAAUUUCACAUGGGAAAAUCAAAACAGAAAUUUAUGACAAUAGGGGAGAUUUUUCAUUUCAUAUUGCUAAUUAUCCUUUUUGGGACAGUGAAGUUUCUUCUUCCACUGUUUAUGAUGUGAAUACUUUUCAAUUCAUUUUCUAUGCUUGUGUCUGAAGUUACACUUAAGGUUUCAAUUUGCGUUUUCUUUGUAUAACUGGUAAAUCAUUAAAUCUGGGAUUGCAUUCACAUAAAUAGCUAAAUUCUUUCAUAGAUAUAAAGAUCUGGUUUUGGGGUAUGACUGUACCUGUACAAUUCUUAAAACAAGAUAUCUCAUCUUAACUUUUAAGGUAAUGAUGUUUAUAAAGCCUGUAUAUACAGAUUUGAUCCAUGUAAAA